AUGCAGAGAGCCCUUCCCAAUUACCAGAAGCUUGCACGGCUUGGCAAUGCAGCUCACGUGAGCAAGCUCAAGUCCAAGGAGAGGAGGGCACAGUUGGCCGAGGCAGCAAGCAAUCAGCGCUUCUUCAAAAGAUUCGGUAACCCUGAGGCCACUUCCGUAGAGCAGGCCCAGAGGAAGCGGCAAUCUCUGCGUGGAAAAUCCCACCAUGAAGAGGGCCAUAAUGACGAGAUCCUCAGGAGCCAAUGCGACAUUGCGUUCAAGCUUGAUCCCAACUCCGCUUAUCUUCUCGGUCUCUUCAUCGCGAAGACACUGGCCCCGUCUGAUCAGCAUGAUACCAAGGUGGAUGUCAAGCCGGUCGAGCAUAUCUUGCUGAUCCACUCGCUACCUGCGCUGAAGGCGGACACGUAUAGGCAGCUAGUGACUCGGAUUGCUCGAGACUUGGCUCCGUUUGACAUCCUCGCUCAUUCACCGUAUGUCAUUCCUAAGCCUGGCCAAAGGUGGGUGGCUAGACUUGAAUUCAUGUCACCCACCCUCGUCUCACUACAUCACGAGUUCAAGCUGGAGAUUGAAGGCGCGCAACCAAAUUCGCUGCACAAUCAUGUCGGUCAGGGCAGAGAAGACAAAUGGCAUCCGAAGAUUCCGAUCGGCGGGAUGAUUCGUGGUAGGGAUGAGGCAACAGCCCUGAAGCUGAGGGCUGCCGCGGAGUGGAAGCUCAGGCUGGAGAAAACGACGUUGACGCCGACUGCACUGUGCAUGAGGACUAGACAAAACUUUUCUUAUGCCAGCGCGGAUGAGAUCGUAGGGGCUGAGUGGACAGAGUGGCCUUUAUUGGGAGAUUCAGAGGAAUCAAGACUCAGAAGGGAUCAGGCAUUUUUGAACGGUGAUCACUUGGUUCCGUACAUUGGGAGAUCUUUUCCGGAACAAGUAUUGGAGAUGCAAACGAAAGAAGAAAACUUCCGGAAGUCAUGGAGGCUGGAUCUGCCGCUUGAUGGGGGAAAGGAGCAGAAGCUACAAGUGCUAUCGAAAGACAUUUACGAAGAGCCGCUUCCUGACUCUGGACUCGAACUCUACAGACCCCUUUUGCAUGACGAAGGCACCAAAGAAAACACCCAGCGCAAGUACCUCGUUCACAGCGAGUUUUCCAACAAGCCUCUUGACAAGCCCUCAAACUCGGCGAGCCUGGCCAAUUCUGUCCCUGGUGGAGAUGUUGCGAGAGUGAUUAUAUCAGGUGGAGAUGAGGAAAUGCCGGGAAAGUUAUCACAGGAUCAGAAGGCGUCAGUCAGUAUGAGUCCGGACGCGAAGACUGACGCGGAAGUCAAGUCUGCCCCGUCAGAAAACGAAGCCGCUAAAGAAGAGGCAUCAGUCUCAGCAGAUAAAUUUUCGAUGGCGCAAGACUUAGAGAGCCAGGAGAUUGUCCCCUCUCUUCCUCCCGAGAAGGAACCAAUGAGGUUGGCAUACGUGGGGGAAGAAGCUAGACUGGACAAAGAAUUCGGACACCAAGAUGCCGAGAAGGAAGCUGAGAAGCAGGUAGCCGAAUCCUUCGCCUCAAAAGAUAAGAUGUACAGGCCGGAAGCGCAAGUGCCUGAGUGGCUGCUUCCAGCGAUGUCAACUUCAGACACCCCGGAAAGUGGCCAGCCCAUGCCGACAGAGUCAAGCGAUGCUGAAGAUACCGAAUCAAGUCCGGCUACUGGUCUAUCUAAGCAGACAGAAAAUACAGAUGAAGGGGGCGACAAAUUGCUCGAUUGGGUUGGUUCCAGCGAAAAUCACGUCAAGGGAGAAAAUUCAUUAACCGUUCCCGAGGAAUCAAAAAAAGACGGAUCGGUCGAGGAGUCAUCUCCGAGGCUAAUGACCAAGGAAAAGAAGUCCAAGAAUAUCAAACAAGCCCAACUGACUGAGAAGAAUAAUGUGGUCGAAGAUAUGGAGGUCGGUGAAUUGCUAGGUAAUAUCAAUUCCAGCAAGGAUCUUGCUGACCGAAAACCUGUACAGUCUACCUUUGGGCACACGAAGAAAGACGAAUCAGUGGUGAUUUCAUCACAGAAUCUGAAACAAAAGAAGAAGAAGAAGAAGAACUCCGAGAAGACCGAAGCUGGCCAAAAACUUGAGCGAAACGAUGUGGACGGAGACAGUAUUGCGCUCAACGAGAAUCGCGUAGAAGGGGAAACUGAAAUAUUCGUUUUAAAGGAUGUGAAGCAAGAGAACCCAGCCGAAGUGUCAUCUCAGAUUCCGAAAAAGGAGAAGAGGAAGAAGAAGGAGAAGGGGAAGCAGAAGUCUUCCGCGACUGAAACAGCCCCGCCAAUAUCUCCUGAGAGGGCAUUGCGAGCUGGACCGGAAGGCCCGAGCAAGGUAGCGGAUAUGUCGCCAUUAACGGCAAACAGCCAUCAUUUGCCAUCUAAUCUACUGUGGAAUAUAUCUUCGGAAAGUACAUUCUCGCCCAGCGACAAAAAUUCCAGCAAGACAGCGGCUGCAUCCACCAAGAAGUCGCCGUUUAGCCCUCUCUCACGGAUUUCUCUCGAUAAAUUAGUUCUGCCCGGCACUGGACUCCCCAGCACACCAGAGUGUGAACUUACCACAAACAAAUCCCCUACACAGACGCCUUCUGGACUCCUAGAGACAACUCCUGAACAGCCAAAACCGAUCAGUACGGGAACUCUCAAAAACGCACCGACAACAACAUGCCCGGCAAACCAAUCUGCCAUACAGCCAUCUUCUGUGUACCAACGAUCGUUUCUCGAGAAGCGACAUGCAGCUAGCAGGGAAGCUUCGCGCGACGAACCUGAUGCAAUACCGAACGCGGACGAUGCUUUGAAUUUUCGGAAUUAUUUGCGCCGAAUGUCUGCCCAAAAAUCAGUUUCAAGCAACGCAGAAUACUCAGCCGUGAGAAUUAAAAAACCAGCAAGCACGUCAGCCAAUUCCCUGCAGUGGUUGCAAAAUUACGCGGAGCGCGAAUCUUUACGGACAGACAACGGUUUACCCAAAUCGCCUGAGUUAGCUGCGAGAUCAGCAAAUGCUAUGAAAGAGGCCAUGCGGCUUCUGGAAAUGCCCAUCAAUCUACCCGGCUACAGUGGGAAAAAAAUUGAAAGAAAGAUCUUGCCCUCUCGCCCUGCUUCUGAUUCAGCAAAUGGCCGAACUCCUAACACUGCAACGGUCAAUGGGCACUCUAAAAUGUUUCAAUCGCCCAGCCGUCUGAUAAAGUCGACAGAAAGCUCCAUGCCAGUGCCACUUAUGGAGUGGGAUCCAAUGCUAAAAAAAUGCGUGCUUGUCAAGGCAAACUUGCAGGGUAUGUCGGAGAAGGCAAUUGCCGAGUACAGGCAAGCUCAUGAUUCUUUAAGAGCGACACUUGAGAGAUCAGGAAAACUAGAUUCCGCAUCGGAAUCGGCCAAAAGGACCAUGUGCUUUGCAGAUGAAGCAACAUCUUCACCGCAGCGUACGGAACUCCCGUCUGUUUCGAUAUCACCUAGAAAUGAAGCCAGCGAAGAAAGGUUGGUUGACAGCCAGCUCAGGCAAUUAUCAGUGGACGAACGAAGACAGCAGUCCACUGGUGGUACGAUCUAUCCCCCACCAGACUCACAAGUCUCGAAUUCACAGCUAGUGACGUGGGAUGGCGUGGAAGGCAAAUAUGUCAAGUCAAAAGCUAUGUUCGACGGCACUGUAUCUACCUCGUCCCUACUCCACCAAGUUAUUGACAGACAAAUCGCUAAACUCAAUGCCACACUUCCGAACAGGCCCAUCGGAACGAAAGAAAUCGAUGAUCUGAAGGCAAAGCUAGAAGCUAGCGAGGCCCGGGUUGAGGAAUUAAAGAAGAAGCUUGCACCUCCAUGCAGCCCAGAGUCUGAUUGGUCGAAACAGAGGUCGAGGGAUGGAUAUGCUUCUCACAACCAGCCAGACCAGGAAUUAGAAGCGGGAGUCAUGAGGGAUGUUACUGUGACUGCAAGGUAUGGCGAAUGGCGGCGUCUUGCCUUCUUCCACCAAACGCAGCCACAUAAGGUAUCCCAAGAGGAUGUUCGCAAAGCUUGGGAAGACGCAGUAGAAGUCGAACGCCGGGUGAGCGCUGAAAUGGAGGCUUCAGCGAGCAAAACUGAACCCAUCUCCGAGGAACCCGGACUUCCACGCAAGCCUUUUCUUGCUCUGCGAGUACCCGCCGCCUCUCGCGAAGAUCCCGAGUCAGAUCCGGCCUGGAAGAAAUCAAGCCCCAGUUGUUUACGCCCAGACCAAGAGACACGUGAGAUGGCAACUAGCGAUCCAUUCGAGAAAUCUCCAAAAAAGUUACCUGGACAACAGGAGUCUCUUUCGGCGAACCCCCAGCUGAAAGCCAACCUCAACGAUCCGAAUCAGCUGGCGAAACUGGCUCGUGAUCUUGAACAGGAGAACCUAGUUCGGUAUACUAACAGAUCACCACAUUUGACGGCAGAACAGGAGAAAGAGGCGGCAGGCGCCCCACCAGUUUCUAAUCCGAGUAUUUCGGGAGCCACCCGGAAUGAAGUGGAGGAAAGACAUAAUACGUACUCUGCUUCUGGAUUCCGGACGCUCAAUAUCGGGACGCCCAUUGAAGAUCCAACGAAGCCUUCUGGAGUCUUGGUACCGAAGCAUCAGAAACACAAUGCAGAAGCGGGAGAUUUUGUGCUGACCAGAAACCGUAAGCGGAAGGAGCGGAUGGAGAAGGUGGGGGAUGAGGAGUCCGAGCCCCGAUAUCAGUCCAAAAGCCGAACCGCUCGCAAGAAGCCACAGUCGAAAUUCCAGCCCAAAGUGCUGAUCGAUGAUCCAAAUUGGAUGCCCAACAAUGAAAACCUACGAGCCCUUGGUCUCGGCUCGGAGGACGGGGUCAUGAAAGCUGCCAGCCGCGCAAAUAUUCAUAUCAAAAAACCACGCCUUAGCACCAGCGAAAAGUGGGCGCUGACAUUCAAGAAGAUUGAUAAAUUUGGCAGGGAGUUCCAGAAACUGCAACAAGAAAAGCAUCGCGGCGUCGGGCUGAAGGUAGAGAAACAGGCGGUAAAUGCAAUGGAUAUUAAGUUCCCGAGGCAAGACGUCGAUCUUCCUGCGCUGAAGGAGUCUCAUGCCAUGCGUGGUGGUAGUGGUGAGACUGAGAGGGUGUGGAAACCGCAUGUGCAGGGAGAAGAGGAGAGUGCUGAGGAGGAAAUCGGCUAUUCAGACCAGAGAGGGCAGAACGGUGCAGCGGAGAAGCCGCAAGGUCUCCCUCACGACACCAAAGAAGCGCUAGAGAAGCUUAAGAGCACGGUAUCCGCAGAGAAAGGGGCACUGAUGACGGGCAGCAAAGAGGAGAAGAAGCGGCUCGAAAAAGCUCAGAACAAGAUUCAGAGGACGAAGAAAAGGAUCCAAAAAAUAGAGAAGAAGAUGCAAAAAACUGAGAAGAAGAUUAAGAAAUUGGAUAAGAAGUUCGCGAGGAUCGCGAAAAUCGCGGAUAUUAAGAACCAGGCUGCGAAGGUUGAGACGGUGGAGUAG